CCGCGCGCCACGUCCCAUCGCCGGCCGCGGGCGCUUCCCAGCCGUCGGAGGGCCGCCGGGCCGCUGCGGGCCUGCCGCGCCCGGAUGCAUCGGUCACCACAGAGGAGCAUUCACCUUGGUGCCACACGUGCCACAAAGCAUGCCACGGCCUGGGGGUGCCUUGCCAAGCUGCUCUCACCUACGCAGCCGGACCUCACCUGUCAAGCACUGCAGUGCCAAACCCACAGCUCCCCAAGGAGGAAGAUGGCCCAGCCUGCAAGCACUCCCUGAGCAGCUGCCUCUGAUCCUUCAGCCAAGCAGAAAGCUACCGCUGACAGCCUGAGAGCCUCAGGGACUGCCCUGCCCUGCCCUGCUCAGACUCCCCCAAGAUGUGGACAGCCCUCAUGCUGGUUUGGCUUUCCUCCUUGUCCUUAUUUGGAAGCCAAGUGACAUCUCAGGAGCCAGGGUCCCUAAUCCCUAACAAGACAGAAAAUGUGUUAGUGAAGAAAAAUGCGUCCCUGGACGCUGAUGACAAAACCACCACAGUGACACACGCUCCUGUCAUGUUGACCCAAGCGACUGUGGCAGCCAAGCUUACCUUUGCUCCAGCCUCAGCAGAGACGACACAGAAGACAAAUGUGAGCACUCCAGCGGCUGCCCCCCCAUCGCCUAUCCCCACAUCUGUACAAUGGACCCCAUCCACAGCAGCUGCCGGACCGCCGUCUCCCAGCUCGCCCCUCGCAGGAGGACCCACGUCUCCCAGCUCGCCCCUCGCAGGAGGACCCCUGUCUUCCGGCUCGCCCCUCACAGGAGGACCCCCAUCUCCCGGAUCGCCCCUCACUGGAGGACCCCCGACUCCCGGCUCGCCCCUUGCAGGAGGACCCCCAUCUCCUGGCUCGCCCCUCUCAGGAGGACCCACGUCUCCCAGCUCGCCCCUCACAGGAGGACCACGUGGCAGUGCACUGCCCGGAGCAGCAGCAGUGGCAACAGAGGCCACGCGGGCCCUGGCUGCUACUGCGACCAGUACCAGCCGUCCCAGCAGCACGCUCCGUCCUGCAGAGCACACGCCCCGCAGCUCCACGGCAAGCCCCACACCCCCGGCCCGUCCCCAAGCACAAGAUCCCACCGUCCGGGUGUUGCCAAGCCAGCCAGUGCUCAACACAACAGGGUGGUCCACACGCCCCCCAGACACCACCCCAGAGCCCACCACCACCCACUCCGAGACUCCAGUGUCCUCGACAGUGGAGACUGUGGUUUCCUUGACGGCAGUGACCGCCACCCAGGUACGAGCCGAGAAGCCAACUGCCAGCACAGUGCCAGUGCCUCUCACCAGCCCAACCCCUGAGGUGGAGGCCACAUCCCCCACCACUCAGCCAAGCCGGUCGUCACCCACCCAGGGGGCCAGUGGCCCAGGCACACUACAAACACCGGAGCAGGUGAAAACCAAGACCACACCUGGUGCUGCCUCCACGGGACCCACACCCACGGACAUGUGCCCACUCAGCACCCAAGGCCAGUACCUGGUGGUCACCACCGAGCCCCUGACCCCGUCCUUGGUGAACAAGACGUUCCUCCUGGCGGUGCUGGUGCUCGGGGUGACCCUGUUCAUCACAGUGCUGGUGUUGUUUGCCCUCCAAGCCUACGAGAGCUACAAGAAGAAGGACUACACGCAGGUGGACUACCUGAUCAACGGCAUGUACGCAGACUCUGAGAUGUGACCGCGGAGCGGGCGGCCCCUCCUCCGCCCUCCAUUCUGCCUCUAAACCGAACCAAGUGCUUCCAGAUCUCUCGGUGCAAUUCAGAGAUAAGCCAGAUGCUUAGGCACAUUUAAUCCAUGUCAGAUUAACUCCUCCAUCACGAAAGAGUUGCUGCUUUUCAUAUUUAUUUUUGUAAAUGAUCAUGUGCUUGGGAGCAGCCGGGAUCCUGCUGUGGGUGGGGCGGCAGGCAGGUGGGCAGGCCCUGGCCCGCCCGGCCCCAGUGUGUCGGAUCCUGACCAGAAUUAAAGCGAUGUCUGCUCUCUA